AUGUCGCCCAACGUCGCCGCCCUCAAAGACCCCCAGGGCAUCAAGCGCAGAGUUAAGAACUACUUUGGCUACACCGACACCACCCCCAAGACCAUCUCGGUCACCUCCUGGGUCACCCAGUCCACGCCCAACGCCAAAGAGGGUGUCAAGGACUAUGUCCUCUCGCUCUUUCCCUUCAUCCAAUGGGUGCCGAGGUACAAUUUUACCUGGCUCUAUGGUGAUCUCGUUGCUGGUAUAACCGUCGGUUUGGUCUUGGUCCCCCAGUCUCUGUCCUACGCCAAAAUCGCCAACCUAGAUGCUCAAUACGGUCUCUACUCAUCCUUCAUCGGUGUCCUCACCUACGCCUUCUUUGCCACAUCCAAGGAUGUCUCGAUCGGUCCCGUCGCUGUCAUGUCUCUCGAAACCGGCAACAUCAUUACUGCGGUCCAGGAGAAAUAUGGCGACUUAUACGACAAGCCAGUGAUUGCUACUGCAUUGGCCUUCAUCUGUGGUUUCAUCGUGUUGGGUAUUGGAUUGAUCAGGAUUGGAUGGCUCGUCGAGUUCAUCCCUCAACCUGCUGUAUCAGGUUUCAUGACCGGUAGUGCUCUCAACAUUGCGGCUGGUCAGACCCCCGCCAUCUUUGGUCUCGCCAACAAGUUCAACACCAAGGCUGCCACCUACAGGGUCAUCAUUAACACGCUGAAAUUCUUGCCCGAGGCGUCUCUCGACACGGCCUUUGGUAUCAGCGCGCUUGUGCUGCUCUAUGGCAUGAAGUGGGGUUUCACUUGGCUGGGCAACCGCUACCCCAGGUGGAACCGUCUCUGCUUCUUUGCCCAGUCUUUGCGUCACGCUCUGGUUAUCAUCCUCUUCACCAUCAUCUCUUGGCGUAUCAACAUUCACGCGCCCCAGAACCGCAUCUCCCUCGUCGGCAGCGUCCCUUCAGGUCUGCAGCACGUUGGCCGUCCUUACAUUGACAAAGACCUCCUCGCUGCCAUCGGUCCCCACAUCCCCGUGGCCACCAUCAUCCUCUUGCUCGAGCACAUUUCCAUCGCCAAGUCUUUCGGCCGAUUGAACGGGUACAAGAUCAACCCCAACCAAGAGCUCAUCGCUAUCGGCGUCAACAACACGCUCGGUACCCUCUUCUCUGCUUACCCUUCUACUGGUUCUUUCUCCCGAUCAGCGCUCAAGUCCAAGGCUGGUGUGCGAACCCCCGCUGCCGGUCUGGCCACGGGUGUCGUCGUCAUUGUCGCCCUGUACGCCGUUGCUCCAGCCUUCUACUGGAUCCCCAACGCCGCUCUCUCUGCGUUGAUCAUCCACGCCGUCGCCGACUUGGUCGCUUCCCCCAAGCACUCUUACGCCUUCUGGCGCGUCUCCCCCAUCGAGUACAUCAUCUUUGUCGGUGCCGUUCUCUGGUCCGUCUUCUACACCAUCGAAUCCGGUAUCUACUGGUCCCUCGCUACUUCCAUCGUCCUCCUCUUGCUCCGUAUCGCCCGCCCCAAGGGCCACUUCCUCGGACGUGUGCGUAUCAAGCCUCAGAACGAUGCCCAGCAGACUCGAGACGUGUACAUUCCCUUAUGCGACUCGCACAACCAGGAUGUGCCCGUGGAGAACCCUCCUCCUGGCAUCAUUAUCUACCGCUUCGAAGAAUCCUUCCUCUACCCCAACGCUUCGUACAUCAACGACCGUCUCGUCGAGCGUGCCAAGUCUACCACCCGCCGAGGCGGGGACCACCAUGCUAUCAAAGCUGGUGACCGUCCAUGGAACGACCCGGGGCACAGUAAGAAGGAUGAAGAAGCCGAGCGCAAGGUCGAGAGUGAGAAGCCGCUGUUGAAGGCAGUCAUUCUUGAUUUCGCGGCGGUGGCCAAUUUGGAUACCACGGGUGUGCAAAAUUUGAUUGAUACGCGGACAGCUAUGGAAAAGUGGGCGGACGGGCCUGUCGAAUUCCACUUCUGCGGUAUCUUGUCGCCUUGGAUCCGACGUGCGCUUAUUGCGGGCGGCUUUGGACAGGGCAGGACGAAGGAAGGGGCCGCGCUGGAAGUUGCGCCCGCAGUCAUUGAGAAUCUCGAAAACGCCGCUUCCCCUCCCACUCAUGAACGUGAAGAGGAUGGCUUGUUCUUGGUAAAUGGAGUUGGCAAGGCGCACCAGGCUGGAGGAUCGGAUAGCGCGAGGACGUCAGUGUAUGAUGAGGAGAAGAGCUUAGGUAGCUCGUCGUCGGGUGCUAGUACACCACCAAGGGUACAGAAUAUUCACGAGGCGGACCAGAGACGGGGCAGUGACAAGAGUCUGCCGUUGCUCGAUAGGACUACACCUUUCUUCCACUUUGAUCUCGCCGAUGCUCUCAACUCGCUUCACCUCCCCACCAGCGAAUAG